CGUAAGAGCAGCUUUGCCGGGAAUGAUGGAAACUAAAGCCACUCCCUGUGUCGCUCGCUCUUUUAACUCACAACGCUGGAUGUCGUAAUCACAAGCAAAGAGGACGCGAGAGGGAGACGUUUUAUUCAAAACUGAACUGGAAGGGCGGUGAUACACACAUAUAGUCCCGAGCUGAGGGCAGCCAUGAUGAAGCUGUGCAUCCCAGUCUUGCUCUCUUUGGUCCUCAUGCUGCUGGCAGGGCAGCCUGGAUGGGCCAAGCGUGGCAGCAGCUCUGGCAGGAAGACUUCCUCCAGCAGCAGCAGCAAGGGGUCAGGAUCUUCACAUAAGCCUUCGCAAGGUACAUACUCGCAUGGUAGCAGCUACCCCAGGCAGCCGCAGAACCCUGCAGGGAGCUAUCCGAAACAGCCCAGCGCCGGAGGAAGUUACCCUGCUGGAGGGGGGUACCCUGCUGGAGGAAGUUACCCUGCUGGAGGGGGGUACCCUGCUGGAGGAAGUUACCCAGCUGGAGGUGGGUAUCCUGCUGGAGGAAGUUACCCAGCUGGAGGGGGGUACCCUGCUGGAGGAAGUUACCCUGGUAGGGGUGGAUACCCAGCCGGAGGAAGUUACCCAGCUGGAGGAAGUUAUCCAGCUGGAGGGGGGUACCCUGCUGGAGGAAGUUACCCAGCUGGAGGAAGUUACCCAGCUGGAGGAAGUUAUCCAGCUGGAGGUGGGUACCCUGCUGGAGGAAGUUACCCUGGAAGAGGUGGAUACCCUGCUGGAGGAAGUUACCCAGCUGGAGGAAGUUACCCAGCUGGAGGAAGUUACCCAGCUGGAGGUGGGUAUCCUGCUGGAGGAAGUUACCCAGCUGGAGGAAGUUACCCUGGUAGAGGUGGGUACCCUGCUGGAGGAAGUUACCCUGCUGGAGGUAGCUAUCCAGGAAGAGGGGGUGCAUACCCAGCAGCCGGUGGCUAUCCAGCUGCAGGUGGGUACCCAGUGAGAGGUGGAACAAUGAACUCAUACCCACAUGGCGGGUACCCCAACUGGAACCCCAACAAUAAAAUCAUGAGUCCUGCCUAUGGGGGAGGCUAUGGCUUUGGUGGAGCAGGGUAUGGGAGGGGGAGCUCCCCUUUCUCACGAUCAGUGAACAGCAUGGGCUACAAGCCGAAUGUGAAAUCCAAGGGCUUUGGGAAGAAGGCAGCACUGGCAGUGGGUGCAGGGGCAGUGGCUGGCAUGGCAUUGGGAUAUGGAUUGGGCCGCUUCCCGCGCCCCCACUUUACCUUCAACAACCCACAAGAAGAGUACUACUACAACCACUACAUGAAUCGUCGUUAUGGCUCGCGAUCCACGGAUGACAACGACUAUGGCCGCGACUACCGCUACAAGAAGCCAGCUGAGUCGUACGAGAGCUUCAUGGACAAGUGCAUGAAGAGGACUGACCUGCUUCAGGGCCAGGACGGCAGCAACCUGAACAUACAGAGAGACGAGCCAAGCCUUGGCGGCGGCGAAAGCAAUCCUGUGACCCCCUUGCUGGGAAACAGCAGUGCCGACAGCAACAGCACGUCCUCAGAGGUCGAACAGGGGAAGACCCUCGCCAACACAGAGACGCCUCUGACGCCUGCCCAGAGGGAUUCCGGUUCCGAGCCGUCUCCCCCCACUUUGGGGGUGAAGGAGGAGGAGGAUGACGACACUGUGAGCAUCGCUGAGAUUGGCUACCCAGAGCUGAUUGAGCAGAUGAAAGCACGCCGCUGCGUGGAGCGCUAUGUGGUCUACUCAGAGCCUUACCUGGAAAAGCGUACGGGCGGGGCGAGAGGGAAAGGAGUGCAGCAGCACCCCCCGCGCCAGGGAGUGGUACUGCUGCUCACCACGGCCCUCAUGCUCCUGAGCAGCACUGUGCUGCUGCAGUGAGGCACACACGCAAGCACGCGCACACACAC